AUGCACAUUAAAACGUUCAAUAAAAAUAUUAAACUUUCCUUGAAUCCUAUCGAAGGAUAUCUUGCUAGCGUGGAUACACCUUUGUGGACAGUAAAGUCCGAUCAACAAGCGCCAGAAGGACUCCAAUAUACUUUGAUACCGAAAGCUUUGGAGGAUAUUGGAACUCCAAUGCAAGACGAAACAGCGGGAGCAGCGAUCUUGGUUACAUUAACAAACGAUACAUGGCCUGUUUUUGACGGAUUCCUUCCUUCAAACUUGGUUAUACGAUCCAUACCAGAACGUGUUAUUAGAAACAUUUUAUAUGGAAAGGACGGAUUGUUCGAACCAUAUUUCAAUAAAAGUGAAACAAUAGGAAAUUUGAGUUACACGUAUCAUCACAUUAUUUAUGAAAAGAUUCCACCAGAGAGCUACGAAGAUUUUAACGUGACAAAUCCACUACCCAACGAUUAUCCAAUUCCGAGCGUGGUAUAUCCAGAAGUCUUAGUAGUCGUUGAUUACAGUCUGUAUUCAAUGCUAGGUAAAAACUUGGAUCAAGUAAAACGAUAUAUUGUUGCGUUUUGGAACGGAGUAGAUUUAAGGUACCGUGUAAUGACCAGUCCAAAAAUACGAUUAAACAUCGCUGGUAUAAUUGUAGGUAUGGACGCAGGAGCAGUUCCAUUCAUAGAAAACAGUCGUGUGGAUUCGAAAUUAGUAGAUGCCGAUGAAGCUUUAACCGGCAUGGCAGAUUAUUUUUACAGAGAGAGAAGAGUCCCAUGGAAAAUUUACGAUAUUGCAAUAACCACGACACAUUUAAAUUUAUGUAAUAAACUAGACGAACAUUUAUGCGACCCCUCAACGUUAGGUUAUUCGUACGUGGCUGGUGCAUGCAACAGAAAUAAUGAAACAAAAUCUUCAGAAGCAGUUGGGGUAGUUGAAGACAAUGGUGGCUUCAGUGGCAUAAUACCAGUAACUCACGAACUAGGGCACUUAUUGGGAUCCCACCACGAUGGCGGUUCAAGAAAUCCCGGAAAUUGCUCUUCGUCCGACGGUUAUAUCAUGUCAGGCGUUCUAAAAUUGAGCGAAAACGAAUUUAAAUGGUCCAAUUGUAGUUUAAAUGCGCUACGCAGAUUUAUCAGUGAAGAGAGAGCAAAAUGCCUUUACAAUGAGCCACCGAAAGCCACGGCGAUAAAAACAAUUUUACCUGGAAAAUUCAUGUCCGUGGACGAACAAUGUAAAAAUGUCUAUGGUGGCGGUGCAUGUAACAAAAACUCGUCUUCGAUUUGCUAUCGACUGGAUUGCGAGGUUCCCGAAAGCAAUGGAGUAUGUGCAGCGAUUGCACCAGCGGCAGAGGGUUCUUCUUGCGGAACUAAUCUUAUAUGUCUUGGUGGACAAUGUGUAUUAGAAGGAACAGAAACUAAACAAGAAAAUAGUACCAGCGUUGAAAUAAAUUUAAGCCAAACUUCAAUCUCUGGCAAGUUUUUUAAAUAGGACAAUAAUACAAAGAUACUUUACAUUGGAUCAUUCGACUUUUAAUUAAACUUGUACUUAAACAUACUUCGUUCAUACUAACUGAAACAUACUUCAUUUAUAUUACUAUUAAAUUUA